CUGCUCCCUGAGGGCGGGAGGAAUAUAGGGUGUCGCGAAAUUCCAGAAUUUCAGCAAAUUUCAGCUGAUUCCAGUCUUCACUCUGGUCAGAAUAUUUUCAGGAACCUUGUGGGAAGCAAAGGGUUCGGUCUGAGCUGCUGUCGUCCGAUUUAUUCCAAGAAAAGAGCCGGCCACGCCCACCACCAUGCCCUGGCACAUGCUCAGUGAGCAGCUAGCCGGCGUGCUUCAGUAUCUGCCAGCAGCCUCCCCUCUGUUGCUCUUGGCUGUCCUCCCUCUCACCUCGCUUCUGCUCGUAUCUGUCGUGCUAGCCGCCCUCAAGCUCGCCAUGUCGCGGAGAAUCCGCGCACGUUCUGCGGAAGGAAACCCGGCAGCGCCGUACCGGAGUGUGGACUCCCCCGAGCUGAAGACGAUGAUGUUUGAAGAGUGUGACACCAUCGAUAAGCUGUGGUCGCGCGCCGUGGGCCUGUACGCCACCAAGAAAUGCCUGGGAACCCGGGAGCUACUGAGUGAAGAAGACGAGGUUCAACCCAACGGAAAGGUCUUCAAAAAGGUGAUCUUAGGAGAGUACAAAUGGCAGACGUACACGGACGUGGACCGGCGUAUCGUCAGUCUGGGACAGGGUCUGGCCGCGCUCGGACAGAAGCCACGGAACAACGUUCUGAUGCUGGCCGAGACACGGGCAGAUUGGAUGGUCACAGCACAGACGUGCUUCAAGUUCAACUACCCCUUGGUUACGAUCUAUGCCACCCUCGGAGAGGAGGCCAUAGCUCACGGCAUCAAUGAAUCUGAGGCCACCCAUGUGUUCACUAAUGCCGAACUACUGCCAAAGAUAAAGAAUGUUGCAGGUAAAAUCCCCAAAGUGCAAUACAUCAUAUACAUGGAGGCAUUGAACGGCAAGCCAGCUGCAACUGACGGUUUCCCUGCCGGUAUACAGCUCCUCUCUAUGGCUCAGGUGGAAGAGAUGGGCUCCAAGGCAGAAAAUGCAAACCGCCCAAUCCAGCCGCCCGUACCAGACGACUUGGCUGUCAUCAUGUACACCAGCGGGUCCACAGGACUGCCUAAAGGUGUCAUGAUAGCACACAGGAACCUGAUCGGGGGCAUGGCCGGGCAGUGUGACAGGAUCCCUGGACUGGGACCAAAGGACACCUACAUCGGCUACCUGCCCCUGGCCCAUGUACUGGAGCUGAGUGCUGAGAUCUCCUGUCUGGCGUUUGGAACCCCCAUCGGCUACUCCUCACCUCUCACACUGUCAGACCAGUCAAGCAAGAUCAAGCGGGGCAGCAAGGGUGAUGCCAGUGUGCUCAGGCCAACACUUAUGGCUGCUGUACCGGUCAUCAUGGAUCGGAUCUACAAGACAGUCAUGGACAAGGUGAACGAAGGAGGCAAGUGGAAAAAGGCCAUGUUCAAUGUGGCGUAUGGAUACAAACUCAAACUGGUGGAGAAUGGGUCGGACACACCACUGCUUAACAGGUCCAUUUUCAAACCGGUGAGGUCCAUCCUCGGAGGGCGGAUCAGGAUGAUGUUGUCGGGCGGGGCGCCCCUCUCGGCGACCACCCAGCGGUUCAUGAACGUGUGUUUCUGCUGCCCCGUCCUGCAGGGGUACGGGCUGACAGAGACCUGUGGGGCGGGAACUGUUACUGAAGUUGAUGACCUCACUACGGGUAGAGUGGGAGCACCACUCAUCUGCAAUGAGAUCAAACUGGUAGACUGGGACGAAGGUGGUUACACGACUGGAGACAAGCCGUACCCGCGGGGUGAGAUCGUGGUGGGCGGGCCCAACAUCACCCUGGGGUACUACAAGAACCCGACACAGACGGCCGAGGACUUCCGCGAGGAGGGCGGAAACCGCUGGUUCUACACUGGCGACAUCGGAGAGUUCCACCCCGACGGAUGCCUCAAGAUCAUCGAUCGUAAGAAGGACCUAGUGAAACUUCAGGCUGGUGAGUAUGUGUCGUUGGGAAAGGUGGAGGCCGCGCUGAAGAACAACUCUCUGGUGGACAACAUCUGUGUGUAUGCCAGCAGUGACCAACACUACGCCAUCGCACUGGUGGUGCCUAACCACAAACAUCUCAAGAACCUGUCUGAUAAGAUGGAGCUGAAGUCUGACCAGUGGGAGGAGCUGUGUAACAACCCUGAUCUGGAGAAGGAGGUGCUGAAGGUCUUACACAAAGUCGCAAAGGAAGCUAAACUGGAGAGGUUUGAGAUUCCUCAGAAGGUUCGCCUGUGCAGCGAGAACUGGACUCCAGACACCGGGCUGGUCACCGACGCCUUCAAACUCAAGCGGAAGAACCUGCAGUCCCACUACAGUCAGGACAUCGCACGGCUGUACGGGUCCUAAUCACUACAUUCCCCCUCGUAACGCUGGCUAGAGAAUCGCGUGUAGAGUUGUAAAACUUAUUCAGGUACCAGGGCUGGAAGUAUGCUAAGGUUAGUGCUGGUAAAACUGGAGCUGUGCAGGUAUUUCUGAUGUCUACCUGCACCUAAACCUGCACUGGUCCAUGUAUUGGGUAUAUGCAGGUUAGUGCAGGUAAAAUUGGAGCUGUGCAGGUAUUUCUGAUGUCCACCUGCACCUAACCUGCAUUGGCCCAUGUCCUGGGUUUAUGAACACUGGUUUCUUGAAACUAGUAGUUUCUAGUGUGACCCAUACUUCAUAAAUUCUGAGUCGGCGAUGCAGGUAAAAUUUUUCUGGUGCAGGUAAUUUUCAGUGUUACCUGCACCAGCGGAAAAUUACCUGCAUGCAGAAAAAAACUAUUUCAAGCCCUGGGCACUGCAAAUGCUUUGGUGGUUAUAUUUCACAGUAUAAGAAAAAGGAGGUUUAUGCAGUGUAUUAAAAUUGAAAUUAAAACUCAGCAAUAGGAUGACCAAACCUAGGAGAGGGGGUUGGGAUAGUUGUGCAGUUCUUCCGCCUUUGGUUGAUGAUAAUAGUCAGGUAUUAAUAAAAAGACUAGCACUGAGUAAAAAUUAGCAAAUAAUCGUGUAUAACUACUGGUAAGAUUGACUGAGAUUUCUACAAUGUACGUUUGUUGCUGCACUCAUAAUUAGAGAUGUGAAUUGUACCCAAGUGAAGAAUGAAUUGUUGCUAAAUCAGGCGAUAGCUGCUUUUUAAAAGAAAUGUAAAAUGCUGUUGACUUGAGGAUCACAGAAAAAAGCCAGGCACUGCAUUUAUACUUAAUAACACGAAAACCCUCAACCCCAAGACCUUACCAACAGUAGUCUUUCAAAGGGACCUAGUGUAAGCCUCUGUGCAUGUGUGUGUGUGCACGUGUGUGAGUUAGAUAAUACAUUAGACUGACCAAGUUGUCCAGUACUUGUAGUAUCAUCAGGAAGGAGGUUGCAUUUCUGUGUACUGGUGUAUGUUUUCGUGCGUGUGGAUAGCUUUCUAGCCAAAUGCGUGUCUGAAAACUAAAACUACCCAAGAAAAAUGUGGGUAUUACUAAACAGCGGAAAAAGUAUUUCUUUUAGCCUAGACGAUAGAGAUAAGAGUAGUAAUUUAGCAGUGGAAGAACCUGGCUUACUGCACUGUUGUCUGCACUCAAUGUAGUGAAUGGAAUGGUAAAAGUUUAAGGAUGAACCUAAAGCACGUAAAAUCUAAGUAAGAGUCACUAUCUACCUGUGCCUGUCCAGGAAUGAUUGCACAAUGCAGCAGUUAGCUUAAGAUCUACCUGUAAAAACUACAGGUAAUUUGUUAUAUCUAGAAAUUAAUUGCACUUGAAAUUAAAGCUUAAAAGAUAUGAUUUGUAAGCCAUGCUUGUACAUGGCCAAGAAGAAAUUGCGCAGUAAUGUCUAAAGAAAAAUCAUGGUGUUGCAUAUUAAAAUCAUUCAUGUUUUGCAUACAUUUAGCUUGAUUUUGGGCAUCAAUUUUCUUGUGUACAGUUUGUUGCAGAAUUGAAACUAAAAGUGGAAGAUGUAUGUACUCUCCGUCCAGUGUUGCAACAAAAAAACUACUAUAUGGUACAUAUUUUGAUACCAAUAUUAUACUAGAAGUUCAAGAGUACUAGAACCAAAUGUACCAAAUAUCUUUAACAUCAGAGAAGAUAUGACUACCAUUCUUAAGAUAUAUUUGGACAUGUCAGAGUAUAUACUUCCAGCUGGACUGCGAACAUUCAAGUCCAAAUUACUAGUAUCAACUUUACUGUACACAUUUCACAUUGAAUGGAACGUAUGAUGCUGAAUUGUGUACUUCUUUUCCAUGACCAGUUUAAGAGAUUCUGCUUGUGAUUAGCUUUUGAAUUGUGUUAUAAGCUAAUGCAUAAUUUAAAAGAGUUUUCAAGUUGCUAAGAAGAUUAUAACUAAUGCUUGGAAAAUCUAUGUGUUUGAAUGCAUUCCUUCAGAAAUGGCUAUAUGAUAUUUCUAAUCCAUGUAUAAAACAGCACCACCUUUGUCAUGUAUAAAAGAGUACAACUUUUCUAGAUUGUCUAGCUGAAGAUCACAUUCGUUGUAUGAUUCUUGAACAAAAUGUGCAUGUACAUGUACUUGGCAACAUUUUUUGUCGCAAGCUAGAAGAAUUUUGUACAACACACCCAGAACCCCAUAAGAAUGGCCCCAAUUUGCUGCACAGUUGUAAUUAUCUUACAACGAAUGUGAACAAGCUAUAGAACUAUCUUAUAGUCAUUUUAGGUCAAUAUUUGUUAGUCAGACUAUCUGAGCAGUAAGCUCAAAUAUCAGUCAAGAAACAUUGAAGUUGGAUAAGGUAUACUGGUAGAGCAUUUCAGGACAAACACAACUCAUUUUAGUAGUGCUACUUUUAUUGAGAUAACAUUAAGUUUGCAUACUGGCUGGUUUAUUGCAAGCAAUAAUGUGUUAAGUGUUUAUUAUAUUUACAAGAAUACUUUUUAUAUACUUCUUGCAGAAAAUAAGAAACAGGUUUAUAGUCUAGCAUCCUUCUAUGUUAUUAAGUUUAUAUAUAAGAAGUUAAUAUAUUAUUUGUAUAUUUUCGAGAACUUAAGUUUUUUUUAUAAAAGAUAUUCAAAGGAAUAUUCUAGGGGGACCCAUAUUAUUUUCUUGUUUUAAAAAAAUCUUUAUUGAAAAUUAUGCAAAAUUUUAUUUAUGACAUUUCCAUAUGAAUAAGUCUUAAAGUUAAGAGUUUUUGCCAUUACCAAUCAUGUAACGAAAGGAUUGAAAUGUAGUCAACUUAAAAUUCCCUGACCUUAUUAUAACAUGCAACAUAGCAUAGAUUUUUCUAUAUCAUUGAGUAAGUCCACCGCAUCAUGUGAUCUUUGAAACACAAGUCUUUUAGAAUGUGGAAAGACACAAUUAACUACAUGUAAUACCUUUAUGAAUGUAACAUGCUCUUUCAAAAGUUACAAAUUUGGGGCUUCCAGCCACAUGUUGCCUUUGAAAGUUUAGAAGAAAAAAAAAGACUUCCAGUUCCAAAAUGACCAGUGUUUCAAGAUUGGAAGUAGUAUAUAGACAGCAUGUUAAAAUGUUCAAGGUAUCAAGACUGUGUGGUUAUAUGCUGCACUAUAUAUUUAGUUUUCAUAUAUUUAGUCAUCAUAUAUGAACCUAAAUGCUUAGCAUUGGCAAGGGUUUAAGUACAUGUAUCUUUCAAACUUCAUCACUCACAUGCUUUGGAAAUAAAACAAGUGCUAGCAACCUG